AUGGCCGGGGCCGCCGCCGCUUCCGCGCGGCUGGCGCGGGGCGGCUCCCCCGCGGCCGGCCCCGCCUCGGCGCCGGAGCUGGAUCCGGAGCUGGAUCCGGAGCGGGGCGGGCUCCGCGCGGCGCUGAGCGCGGGCCCCGGCCCCCCCGCCGCCAGCAGAGCCUGCCCCGCGCUGACCCGACCGGGGAGGUUUGAAUUCAGGAUAAAUAAAGAGCAGUCAUCUUUCCACAAUAGACUUCUGCAGCAUGAUCUGGAAAAGAACUAUUCAGGAAGGCAAGCUGAAGAAAAAAUACUGAACUCUGAUAGGCUUACCUUGGAAAGACAAAAAUUGACGGUGUGCCCAAUUAUUGAUGGAGAAGAUCAUCUUCGCCUCUUGAAUUUUCAGCAUAACUUUAUAACUCGGAUCCAGAAUAUUUCUAAUCUACAGCAUCUUGUUUUCUUAGAUUUAUAUGAUAAUCAGAUAGAGGAAAUCAGUGGGCUUUCAACUCUGAGAUCUCUACGAGUCCUUUUGCUGGGGAAGAACAGAUUAAAGAAAAUCUCAAAUCUGGAGAACCUWAAAAAUCUUGAUGUUUUAGAUCUUCAUGGAAAUCAGAUCACUAAAAUAGAAAAUAUCAACCACUUGGGUGAACUGAGAGUGUUAAACCUUGCCAGAAACCUGCUAACCAUCGUAGACAACAUUAAUGGACUGGAUUCGCUCACGGAGCUCAACCUUCGACAUAAUCAAGUCUGUUCUAUAAAAGAUGUGGAUACUUUGCCCUGUCUCCAGCGUUUGUUCCUCAGCUUCAAUAACAUAUCUAGUUUUGAGGAUAUUCUGUGCCUUGCUGAUUCCUCAUCCUUGUCAGAUAUCACCCUUGAUGGCAAUCCAAUAGCUCAGGAGACAUGGUACAAGCACACUGUUCUCCACCAUAUGAUGCAGCUCCGACAGCUAGAUAUGAAGAGAAUCACAGAAGAAGAAAGGCGCAUGGCAUCAGUUGCAGUCAGGAAAGAGGAAGAAAGGAAGCGUGAAAGCCAUAAACAGACUUUGCUUAAGGAAAAGAAACGAUUAACGAUCUGUAACAUUGCUCGUCAGUGGGAGAUACAGCAGAAUCGAGUAGCCCUUGUGGGUUCUUUGAAUACGAAUAAGGAUAAUGAGCCAUGUCAGAUCAAUGGCAGUGCUGCAUAUGUAUUUCCUGAAGAAAGCAGGUCUCUUGAUACACUGCUGAGCAGUGCAGUACAAGGCUUGUCUGUUCUUGAGUCUCACUUGGUAGAGGUAGAAGGAGAUACCCUUUACUUGUAUGGUUCUGGAGCACUGGAGUGCCUGGAUCGAAACUGGAGUGUUCAAACAGCUGCCGCUGUUGUCACAGUCUCCUUUAUGUUCAUGGAGUUUGAUGAAAUUGUUCAAGUGUUAACAAAGUUGAAGACCAAAUUUCCUAAUUCYGUGCACCUGAAGUUUAAGGAAACGAAUCUUGUGGCACUGCAGCAAUUCAAUGCAUUAGCCCAAGUGAAUCGCAUUGAACAGYUGACUGUUGACCCUCAGGGAAAUCCAGUUGUCAGCUUCACUUUGUGGAAGUACUAUGUUCUGUUUAGACUGAACCAUUUUAAUCUACAGAAGAUAAAUGGAAUAGAGGUUACUCAAAAUGAUAUUGUAAUGGCUGAAAGGCUCUUUGGCAUUUUGGCCUAUGUAGCAUCUUCUGAGCUGCCGCACUAUCGUAUGCUUCCACUGCUUGGGGAAUCUAGGAGGAAGCAAUUUCACUAUCUGCUAGAGGGAAAGGGAAAGAAAUCUGGAAUUGGAAAUGAGGAAGGUAGUGAUAACAGAGCUGGAGGAGAAAGCACAGCUCGAGCCACAUUGAAUUACAGUACCAAGGACUUUCAUAUGGAAAAGCUUGAGGAAAUCAAGGGAAGAAGAACACUUUGCCAGACAUACGUCGAGAACUUAGUGAAAGAAGCUGCUGACAUCAAUUUGAAAAACGAGUCCUUGCAGAAGCUCUGGCCUCAAAUGUUCAUUGAGCUUGUCAGAGAUGCAGUGGUAGAAAUACGCAAUAAAAAUUCCUACAUGAAACUCUGCUUGCAGCGAAUUGCUGACCAAAAAGAGUAGACUUGAGACCUGUUGUUUUUGCAAGCAUUUGGUUUCAGUAUUGUAUGAUGUGUUGCAGGCUUAAAAGAAUAGAACAUAAAAUUAACAUGAAUAUAGAAAACUUCUCCCUUCCCCUUCUCCCCCUGCUUCUCCCCCUUUGGGAUGCCUUUAAAUUUUAAUGAACUCUGUUUCCACUGCUUUCUUCUCAGUAGUUUUCAAACAAACUUUACUUGUAUAAAGCUUUAACAAUGCUUAUUUGUUAAGUAAGCAUUUGGCUGAAGUAAUAGCAUUGAAGUAAGUUGGUGAUUAUGCAAUGGCAUAAAUGUUUUAAUAAGCUCUUGUUUAUUUUUUUCUGCUACCCUUGCUGUUCUAAUGCUGCAACAUUGAUUUCAAGGAACGUAUUUAUUAUUUUUUAUUGAA